AAGGCACUGGCUGUCCAGGCUGAGUACAGGAAACAGAUACAUAGUUUGUCCUGAAGCCACUAGCUCAAGACCUCAGAGGACCCGCGGCACCGUGAACCAAAAAGGACAGAGGCCAGCUGAAAGGAGGAGCAUCAUGGAAGGUGACUGCCUGAGCUGCAUGAAGUAUCUGAUGUUCGUUUUCAAUUUCUUCAUAUUUCUGGGGGGCGCCUGCCUGCUGGGCGUGGGCAUCUGGGUCCUGGUGGACCCCACCGGCUUCCGGGAGAUCGUGGCCGCCAACCCUCUGCUCAUCACGGGCGCCUACGUCCUGCUGGCCAUGGGUGGCCUUCUCUUCCUGCUGGGCUUCCUGGGCUGCUGCGGUGCCGCCAGGGAGAACAAAUGUCUGCUGCUGUUUUUCUUCAUGUUCAUCCUGGUCAUCUUCCUGGCGGAGCUCUCCGCAGCCAUCCUGGCGUUCAUCUUCAGGGAAAACCUCACCAGAGAGUUCUUCACCAAAGAGCUCAGCAAGCAUUACCAGGGCAAUAACGACACCGACGUCUUCUCGGCCACCUGGAACUCAGUCAUGAUCACAUUUGGCUGCUGCGGGGUCAACGGGCCUGAAGACUUCAAGCUCGCCUCCGUUUUCCGGCUGCUGACUCCAGACAGUGAAGAGGUCCCGGAGGCCUGUUGCCGGAGAGAACCCCAGACUCGAGAUGGGGUGAUGCUGAGCAGGGAAGACUGCCUGCUAGGGAAGGCCCUGUUCAUCAACAAGCAGGGCUGCUACACGGUGAUCCUCAAUGCCUUUGAAACCUACGUCUACCUGGCCGGAGCACUUGCCAUUGGGGUUCUGGCGGUGGAGCUGUUUGUCAUGAUCUUUGCCAUGUGUCUCUUCCGCGGCAUCCAGUAGAGGGCGUGGCCUGAACCUCACCCCGCCCACCACUGCCCAGCACCCGGUACCCCCUCCUCUCUCCAUCCACUUGGCUCUGGAGAGGAGGCAGGCCAGCAUGGACAUCCAGGAGAAGGACCGGGGACACAGAGCUAUUUUUUUAACAAGAUGACAUGAAGACAGUAAUGUGAACUGAAGUACCUGGCCUUGACUUGGGGCAGGUGCCUGGCAUCCCUGCUGGGGCCCAGCAUUGGCUUGGAAUGCCAGAGACCAAAGGACCCCCCCCCCAGCCCCAGGGCAGUUGGAUCACCACAGAUUCGGGUAUCCCCCGUCCCCUCCCAGCACUUCAGGACCAAGAUGGCAAAGAUGUAAGCAACAGAGACACAAGAGACUCCACCCAGAAGCUGCCUCCAUUUCCUUGAUGACGCAGGACCAGAGGCGCAGUGUCUGCUCUGCUAGAGGAUGGACUGGCCCUGCUUCCAGAGGGGGACCGAGGGAGCUGCGUGUGAUGGACGCCGGAUCCUAGAGCGGGGCAGUGGCUCGUUCCUCGCCACAGUGCACCUGUGUGCCCAUUCCCAUAUGAAUCUGGGUCAUCUUCAGGUUGUUGCCAUUCUGUUUGGGGCUCCAUCAGACCUGCUGCUCACUUACGGUCUCCUAGUAUCCCGCGGAGAGAGAGGACACACUGGCUGGGGACUGACCCGCCUCUAUCCCUAAGCCCCACCACUGUGGACACAUCACACUAUCUGGUCCUCACUGCCCACCCAUCCCCACAGGUCACCCCUUCCUUGUUUUUGUUCAGUUCCCUGGUGCCUAGGGUAGAAGAAACCACCAAGAGGGGCCAGGAGAGCGGACAUCCAAUUCUCCUCUCCCCACUCAGACCCAGAGCUUGGAUGUGUUGUGAGCAUUCUCUUCUUGCAUAACCUCCAGGGGCUGGGAGCUCACUACCUCCGGAGGCAACCUUCUGCCUUCCGAUGCUCUGACCUUAGCAUCUCUCAACAGACAGAAGAUUCUCCUGUGGCGCUAGGGUUCUGCCUGUGUGGCCCGCUUGCUCCUCACUCCUUCCUGGGGUGCUGAGGUUGUACCUUGACUUCCCCUUGUCUCCAGGCUGAAGAAGCGUAGGAUAUCCCAGACAUUUCUGCUGUGACACUUUUCACAGCCCACCUGACAUUCCAGUGUGUCCUUCCCUCCCCAGCAUAGGCAGAGAUU